UCUAAUGAACGCGUACUUCCUAUGCUCCCGGGUGAGACUUCCUAUACCCUAAAGCAGCAGGUCGUGCAAGUAGUCGAACAAAUGAGAGGUUGUCGACGAAGAGGUCAAAGCUUGCAAAGACUCCUUCAACCUCGCUUGCAUGUUAGCUUGCUUGUACUAUUGCUCUCCUACCUGACCUGCUUUCUGGCUAGUUCUUUUACUAUCGUACCUCCACCCCCAACAUACAUAUAUUAAGGUUUGGUGUUAAAAAGCAUGCUUAUGUGUUAUGCCGAACCGUUAAAAGGAAACAUUUUGAACCUACCCCUCACUAUUUUUUGCCAUUUCUCUACUAUUUGACCAUAUAUAUACCUUCCUUUAAACUUCAACUCAUCUUCUUUCUCUUUGAGGAAGUUCACAAAUCCUCCAUUUUCCUCCUUAGUUUCACAUCUUCAAAACUAUCUAACAACAAAAUCAAAGUAGUGAUUCCCAGAUCUGCUACUGAUUCAAGCUUCUCCUUCUCCAGGUAAUCGAUAAAUCUCCUCUUUUGUUUUCCCUUUACUGUUCCGGUUGAACGCUAUAGCAAAUUGCAUAUCAACUGUUUGAUGAAUGGUCCCAAAGACUUUGCUAUUAUAGAACUGUAACCAAACCCAAAAAAAUGAAACGACGAGGUCAUUUCACUAAGGAUCCGAUCAAAUUUCUAUGUAUUGUAGUCUCUAUUGCUUGUACUUUCGUGCUGUGUUUUUCAGUACUUAAACUUAACGAAAUACCACAAGGAAAUGAAAAUGUGAUUGAUUUGAAACUGAAGAAAAAUCGAAUAGAUGGAGGAAGAGGAGUAGUAGGGAAGUUUGGGGAAAUAGUGAUUGGAAUGUUACCUCAAGAUUUGGGGUUUACUUUAUUUUUGCCAUCUGAGAAAGCAUUCGAGCGGGAUCUGGGAUUGAGAUUGGAUGAGAAUGAGAAUGAGAACAACACAUAUGCAAUACUAACUCGUGUACUCGGGUUUUCAGCUGUACCAGCAAGGAUUUAUGCGGAUGAUGUACAAGUUGGAAAGGAGAUUGAUUAUGAUUCAAUAUCGGGAUACACUGUGUAUGUAUCGAAAGAUUCAGAUGGGUUGUUGAUAGUUAAUAGAAUUGCUUCAGAAAUGGUGGAUUUGAGAAGAGGGAAGAUUGUUGUACAUGUUAUGGAUGGGGUGAUAAUGGAUCCAGAAUUCGAGCAAUCUGUUCGACCUGAUGAUGAUUGAGUUUAGUUGAGUUGAGUUGAACUGAGCUAAGGUUUCAUGAAUUGAUGGUUGCUGCUUCCGCAGCCCCGGCCAUUUUCACCUUAGGGAAAACUUAUGAAGCUUGAUGCAUUGGGAUGGUGCAGACAGAUCUAUAAAGACGAAAACUUUGGUGUAUAACUUUGCUGAAUUCGAGUAAAUAUAGUGGCAUAGAUUUCCUAGAGAUCCUCUACAAAUUGAAGACAACACUGUACCAGAUCAACUCUGCUUAUGAAGAGGAAUUAUGCAUCACUUGAGUUGGGGGUUUUCGGAAAUAGUCUCUCUAUCUUCUAAGAUAGGGUAAGUUCUACGUAUACUAUACUAUCCCCAGACUUUGCAUUGUGGGAUUAUACUGGGUAUGUUGUUAUUGUUGUUGCUGAUGAAGAGGAAUUCAAGUUGAAUAUCAGCUUCUGAUAAUGGAAGACGAGGCGGGCAUCCAUCAAUAACACAACCAAUACCAGCACCAUGAGAUUCUCCAAAUGUUGUAGCGCGGAAGAAAGUUCCAUAUGUAUUUCCAGCAGCCUUUAUCUCUGUGUAUAAGCAUAUUCAAACUUGUAAACUACUUGUGAGUUGGGAAGCUGAUUGAAGAAAUUUUGAAACAUUCAUAUGUCUAUGGGAUU